GAGAGAGAGAGAGAGAGAGAGAGAGAGAGAGAGAGAGAGAGAGCCACACACAACGAGGGAACCCCAUCAGCUGGAAGUCGAGUAACAUUACAACUCUCAGCAGCCAGCAACUAUAGUGCAGACAAGGAUUUCACAUCUUUAUUGUCUGAGAAUUUACUACGUGUCGGAUUACGGGAUUUUGAUCCCCCUCAACUUCAUCAUUUUCUUUUAUUCCACGCCAAGAUUUUUUUUUUCUGGGGACCAAAACUGGAGAGGCAAGCAUGGAGUAUUUCAUGGUACCAGCUCAGAAGGUGCCCUCCUUGCAACAUUUUAGGAAAACGGAGAAAGAAGUGAUUGGCGGUCUUUGUAGUCUGGCCAACAUUCCCCUGACUCCAGAAACAGCCCGGGACCAGGAGAGGCGGAUCCGCCGGGAGAUCGCCAACAGCAAUGAGCGGCGGCGCAUGCAGAGCAUCAAUGCCGGAUUCCAGUCACUCAAAACACUCAUCCCACACAGCGACGGAGAGAAGCUCAGCAAGGCUGCCAUCCUGCAACAGACGGCAGAGUACAUCUUCACUUUGGAGCAGGAGAAGACGCGGUUACUGCAGCAGAACAAUCAGCUCAAACGCUUCAUACAAGAGUUCAGUGGUUCCUCUCCAAAGAGGAGGCGUGCAGAGGAGAAGGAUGAAGGGAUCGGCUCACCAGACAUCCUGGAGGAAGAGAAGACAGAGGACUUGCGGAGGGAAAUGAUUGAGUUGAGGCAGCAGCUGGAGAAAGAACGCUCAGUCAGGAUGAUGCUCGAGGAGCAGAUGCGUUCCUUGGAUGCCCAGCUGUACCCAGAGAAGCUGAAGGUGAUCGCCCAGCAGGUCCAGGAGCAGCAGGCACAGACACAGAGUCUAAUCCGUCUGCAGCACGAGCAGCUGGAGCGAGACCUGACUCCAGCUCGCAGCCCACAGGUGAUGGCCCCUGCCACUCCCCCUGCACCCACCCACCAUGCCACAGUCAUCGUCCCUGCACCAGCCCAGCCUCCCCAGCCCCAUCACGUCACCGUGGUAACCAUGGGCCCAACCUCAGUUAUCAAUACAGUGUCCACAUCUCGACAGAACCUGGACACCAUUGUUCAGGCAAUCCAGCACAUAGAGGGCACCCAGGGGAAGGGGUGUGCUGGUGAGGAGGAGCAGCGGAGGGCAGUCAUCGUCACCUCGGGGCGUGUUCUCUCCGACGCGGCAGGCUCGGACACAGCCUCAAACAGCGAUGGGCCUGACGACUGUUCACUGCCCUGAACUUGUCCCUGAUGUCUCUUUCUCACACACUGCACACAAACACACACACUCACACACACAUACAUGUACACACCCAUAUGCAGACAGGGGUAUGGGAGGCACAUAAACCCACAGCACUCGUAUCAAAUGGACAAUAUUAGGGUUGGUAGACAGAUUGAAGCACUCUUUUGUUUUUUCACACACUCUUAAAUGUUGUACCAUGAUAGGCAGCCUAAAUAGGUUUACAAUUAGACACUCAUAAACACAGUCUCUCUUCCUGUCUUUUCUCUGCUUUCCUCUAGCCCACUGCCCUCUCACAGGCACACACAUGCCCACUCAUUCAUCUUUAGAAAGGUUUUAGAGUGACAACUUCACUGACGUAUCUAUAAAUGCAUAAGUCCUAAGCUCCUCAGUAGUCCCCCCCCCUCCCUUUCCCUUUUCCAUCCGGGAUACUACUGCUUCAGAUGCCUGCAAACAUCUCCAUUAACCAAUGGGGCUUCUCUCUUUUUAAUUACUCUGAAGCCAUGUGAUUGAUCCCGUGAAACAGGAGAGAAAGUCGAUAAAGAGCCCAGCGGCGGGGUGUCCUCCACUGCCCCACACCAGAGAUUUCCCUUUCUUAUGAACAUCAUUUAAAACUCCUUCCUCCUGUACCAUCUGAACUGCUUGGAGAGACACUGUGAGCUUACAAGACUGUGUCAAAUCAAAGAUCCACUCCUUCUGGCUUCUGAAUGAAAGAAAAAAUGACCUUUUACUUUGAGUAUGAAGUCUCCUGUUUUUAUGUUGCGUUCCUCAUGGGCACCCUCAGCUAGCGAGUCAACGUGAUUGUAGUGAAACCAAACAAACAAACAAAAGGAAGCAACACUGACGAGAAAUCUAAAAGCUGUUUUCAUGGCUGACUUGUGCUCAUGGGAAAUGAAGCUAAGCUUGGGAGGAGAGAGUGCACUUACUGUUUCCAAAAUCUGUUCUUUUUUUGUGUGUGUGUUGCCAUUUUUUACUGGGCUGGGUUCCCAGUAUUCCCACUUAUGUAUUUGGCAUGUUCCCCCUUCUUGCUCAUGGCCUGACAAAAAUCGGUGCUUUGACAUUUCUUGACAUCCUCCCCCCUUUUCAUGUUUUAGUUCCUGGCUUGUUGAAUAAGCUACUCCAUGGUCACACUCGAGUGAUUUCGACCGGGGAGACGUGUGUGUUUGUGUGUCCCUCUGUGCAUUUUAAAUCCACAGGGCUUAAAGGGUGGCCCAGACUCUGGCAGUCUGCAACAGCACCACCCCUACCUUGGUAUUGAGGCACAUUCACGUGCGCACAGCACUCACAUACGCAAUUACGACUGACAUCCAAUCAUUUGUUUGCUCUAUCUCAAGGGUUGGUUCUAUUUAGCCCUUAUGUUGUAGUCUUGUCCAAAUGUUGGGACAUUUGUCAAAGCAUAUACUGAAGUAUGCUUCCAAGAGGAAAAUCUUGAAACGCCCAUUGAAGUAGUUUGAAUGUGCAAUGGGGGUGACUGGUUCGAUCACACCAUGCACACAUGCUCUAUGCAUUUCCUUAACAUGCAUUUUUCUGUCCCUUUUGCGCUUUUUGUCUCACACCAGAUGAGUACCAUGCAGUUUACGUAUUUCUGCUUGAUUGUUUUCAAAAGUAUCCUUCCCCUGGAACUGUGCGCUGUUGAUUGGCAGACAGAUAUUAAGAAAUGUAGCGGGGAGAGAGAGGCAGCAGCUUGCCUUACUUACAGCCCGUGGGUGUAGAGAGGCACUGUGAGGCCAGCCUUAACACAGCCCUGAGGUUUGAGAUAACCUGAACACUUGAUCUAAGCCUUUCGAAUGGGCAUUGGAAUCCCUCUUCUACUCUGUGUUCUGUCAUCUCUACUACAAAACACGCUUGUACCGGACUUUGGCCUCAACAUAUUUGAUUCAGUUGAGGUAUCUUUGUUUUAUUUUGUCUGACAGAUUCAAAUAUGAAAGGGUCACUGGCGUUCUAAUUAAAAACAAGCACUUCUCAUGUUUUUUUUCCCCCCCAAGUGUACAAAUGUAUCCGACCACUGACUGCUGGUCGGAUUUAGAUUGGAAACAGUUUUUGCCCGCCAAGUGCACUGUGCCAGAUUGUGGAUGAGAUUUCCACAAUCAAUGUAGACAUUCCAGAAAAUGAGUUGAUAAUUGAACAUCUGUUUUCUGCAUUUUUUUUUUUUUUCAUAUUUGUUAACCUUUCGCGAGUUAACCUGUCAUAAUUGGGGAACUAGUUUUGGCACUACUGAACAUUAUUGAUUCAGUAGCACAUUCAUUGUUAGCUUGCCCUUGUCAUCCUGUUUGCAUAGAUGGAGCUUUGAACUGCUGGACAGAUAAUGUGUUCAUUUGAACACAUCGCUUAUCCAUCAUGAUAUAUUUGAUGUUAUAUAUUUGAGUCACCCUUUAAAAAAAAAAACAUUGAUGUUACUGCACUGAAUCGAGUGGCUUAUCUGUCGAUUGAAAUCACCAAUCGUUUUCCCAGUAUGUACUUGGCAUCAGGAUAGGAGGGGAUUCCUAGAUAUUGGAAAGACAGUGCGGUUUGUGUGCUCGGUUGUAUUUGUAGAGCCGAUGCUCUAUCCUCUGAAUAUGUGCGUUUGGACAUUUUCUACUGGAGCCAAGCACUAUUUUAGUUCCAUUUCUGUUUGCUGUCUGUUCUGUGUGUUAUAGGAUACAUUAUGUGGACAUAUCAGAUUGUCAGAUGAGGGGGGUGGUCAGGGAUCAUUAAAUGGGGUCAAGAUUACAAAGCACUUACUGUACCAUAAUGGAGUUCGCCUCUUUGUUUUUGUAAAAAGGGGCUCCUCCUCAGCUGAAGCUCUUGAGGUUAUGAGUCAAAACCGCACAGCUGUGUAUUUCCCUUUCCCUCCAUGUCCAUUCCCCCUCCAUCUUGUUCUGUCGUCAGCCCCCUUCCCUUAUUUCAUUCUUUAUACUCGUCUUUCUGUGUCAGCAACUCUUGUCUUGUCUUCCCUCUCCUUUCACAACUCCUUCCUUCCGCCUCCUUUUAUCUGUUCUCUUUCAUCCUUUUAUCUGUUCUCGUUCAUCGUUUUAUUCCUUUUUUUUGUUAGACCUGUCAGUUCAUAAGGUCAUCAACAAGCUACUUUUUGUUUUUGUUUUGUUGCUUUUUUUUUUUUAAGAGAAAUGUUUUGGGGAUAAAGAGGCUUGUGCCUUUGUAAAGACAGAAUAAUAAAGUUUGUACUUUGUUUUUUACAAA